AUGCUGCAGCCUGAAGGCCCCCAAGCCUUGGAGGAAGGGGCAGCCCUGACCGCCCCACGGAAUGACUGCGUCAUCUGCUACUCUGCCUAUGACCUGUCAGUACACUUGCCUCGCCGCCUCUACUGUGGCCACACCUUCUGCCAGGCAUGCAUGCGGCGGCUGGACACCCCAGCCCACGAACAACACUGGAUCCCCUGCCCACAGUGCCGUCAAAGUACCCCUAUGCCCCGAGGAGGGGUGACCAUGUUGGACCUGGACCUAGCUGCCUUUUUGGCAGUCAAAGCUGAACGGGAACCAUCAAGAGUAGAACCCAGGUCCUCUGUCCCCCUCAAAGUCAGCGCCACCAUCACUCAGCAGCCAGCCGAAUUCUACCCCACCUUGCGCCCCCAACCCCACUUUCCCCAGCCUGGAUGCUGUUGCUGUGGCUGGGGAAGACUGUGCUGGUAUCCCCCUGGGAACGCUGAGGUCUGAAUUCUG